UGUAACUGAGACACAAACAAAGUGUAAGAUGGCGCACGUGAGGAACAAGCAAGUGAUUCUAAGAGACUAUGUGUCUGGUUUUCCUAAGGAAACAGACAUGAGCAUUGUUGAAAGUACCUUAACUUUGAAGCUUCCAGAAGCUUCCAAUGAGGUGCUGCUCAAGAAUCUCUACUUGUCAUGUGACCCUUACAUGCAAAUCCUCAUGACCAACGUGGAACCUGGCUCUGUAAGUUAUGCUCACUCUCUCUCUCUAUUACAACCAUUAACAGGACUUGGGGUGGCUAAAGUCCUGGAAUCUGGACACCCUGAUUAUAAGAAAGGUGAUUUAAUAUGGGGUUUGACUAAAUUGGAAGAGUAUAGCUUGGUCCCCUCAACACAAAUACAAUUCAAAAUUGAGCACACUGAUGUCCCACUUUCCUACUAUACUGGAAUUCUUGGUAUGCCAGGAAUGACUGCUUAUGCUGGAUUCUUUGAAGUAGGAUCUCCUAAGAAAGGAGAUAAAGUUUUUGUUUCAGCUGCCUCUGGUGCUGUUGGUCAACUUGUUGGGCAAUUUGCUAAAUUAACUGGUUGUUAUGUUGUUGGAAGUGCUGGAACUAAAGAGAAGGUGGAUCUGUUGAAGAACAAGCUAGGAUUUGAUGAAGCUUUUAACUACAAAGAAGAACCAGACCUCAAUGCAACUUUGAAAAGAUACUUUCCAGAAGGCAUUGACAUUUACUUUGACAAUGUUGGGGGCAAAACACUUGAUGCCGUACUUCUUAAUAUGAGAGUCCAUGGACGCAUACCUGUAUGUGGAAUGAUCUCACAAUACAAUCUUGCUCAACCUGAAGGUGUAACAAAUUUGACAAAUCUUAUAUAUAAGCGGGUUUGUAUGCAAGGUUUUGUGGUUUCUGAUUUCUAUCAUUUGUAUCCUAAAUUCUUAGAGUUUCUUCUGCCUCAUAUCAGAGAAGGGAAGGUUGUGUAUGUUGAAGACAUAGCUGAGGGCCUUGAAAAUGGCCCUGCAGCUUUCGUUGGUCUGUUUAGUGGUCGUAAUGUUGGCAAACAAGUGCUUCUUGUUGCUCGUGAAUGAAUGCAAUUGCUUUUGUCAUACAUUAACGUCUUUUAAGUUUUUGUUCUGAUUUUGUGUUGGAAUAUUGAGCAUUCUGUGUGUGGCUUUUGCCAUUAGUUAAAAUGUA